CUUCUUUCUUUGGGGAGGCUGAUAGGAGUUUAAAAGGUUUGUCGUGGAGAUGUCAGAAACAUCCUCAACGCCAUCAUCAGCUCUUAACUGCCACCUCUCUAUCUCUGGCGACCACUUAGACAUCUAAGCAGAGUAACGGCUGAAUUUAGGCAACCAUGCAUCAUCACGUAGGCAGGAGCCGACGGCAGACUUUAAACUCUGUUCAACAUGUGGAUGCGGCAGAGAAAUGAACUGUCCAGACAAGCCAGGGCAGCUCAUAAACUGGUUCAUCUGCUCCCUGUGUGUCCCACGGGUGUGUAAACUCUGGAGCAGUCGGCGUCCCAGGACCCGGAGGAACCUCCUGUUGGGCACCGCCUGUGCCAUCUACCUGGGCUUUCUGGUGAGCCAGGUGGGACGCGCCUCUCUACAGCGUUCACGGGCGGAGGAAAAGGGGCCACACCAAAGCCGGGACACCGCCGAGGUACCCUUCCCUGAGAUACCCUUGGAUGGGACCCUGGCCCCUCCCGAGUCCCCGGGCAAUGGGACCACGCUGCAGCCCAAUGUAGUGUACAUUACCCUACGCUCCAAACGCAGCAAGCCCGCCAAUAUCCGUGGCACAGUGAAACCCAAGCGCAGGAAGAAGUACGGAGUGGCAUCUCUGGCCCCUGGUCAGGAGGCUUUGAUAGGACCAUCUCUUCGGUUACAGGACGCUGCAAGGGCAGCUGAUGUUGAAGUGAAGAGGUAUAUCCAGGGAGGACACCUGGGCAAGGUUGGGGAGAGACCCUGGAGAUUGUUACCAGGUCUGGGAGUGCGAGGUGAGAGCUCGGAUUUGCAGCAGCCCAAGCUCAAGGAGAGCAAUAUCAGGAUCUACAGCGAGAGCGCCCCCUCGUGGCUGAGCAAAGAAGACAUCCGCAGAAUGCGCCUGUUGGCCGAUGGGGCCGUGGCGGGCCUCCAGCCAGUAUCUUCCAAGAGUCAAGCAAGCUUGCUGGUGCUGGAGGGGGGCGCCACUGGCACUGCACCUGACUGUGGCCUUAGUCCCUGUGGGCUGCUCAAGCAGCCUUUGGACAUGAGUGAGGUGUUUGCCUUCCACCUGGACAGAAUCCUGGGACUCAACAGGACCCUGCCUUCUGUGAGCAGGAAAUCAGAGUUCAUCCAAGAUGGCCGCCCAUGUCCAGUCAUUCUCUGGGACACAUCUUUAUCUGCAACAAGUAGAGAGACACACUCUUCUGUUAAGCUCACCUGGGGAGCUUAUCAGCAGUUGCUGAAACAUAAGUGCUGGCAGAAUGGUCGAGUACCCAAGCCCGAAUGGGGUUGCACUGAAAUCCAUCAUCAUGAGUGGUCCAAGAUGGCCCUCUUUGAUUUUUUGUUACAGAUUUAUAAUCGCUUAGAUACAAAUUGCUGUGGAUUCAGACCUCGGAAGGAAGAUGCCUGUGUACAGAAUGGACUGAGGCCAAAAUGUGACAAACAGGAUUCUGUGGCUCUAGCACACAUCAUUCAGCGAAAGCAAGACUCAAGGCACUUGGUCUUUAUAGACAACAAGGGUUUCUUUGACAGAAGUGAAGAUAACUUAAACUUCAAGUUGCUGGAAGGAAUCAACGAGUUUCCCGAAUCUGCAGUUUCUAUUUUGAAGAGCCAGCACUUAAGGCAGAAACUCCUUCAGUCUCUGUUUCUUGAUAAGGUUUAUUGGGAAAGUCAAGGAGGUAGGCAAGGUAUUGACAAAUUAAUUGAUGUAAUAGAACAAAGAGCCAAAAUUCUUCUCACCUACAUCAAUGCCCAUGGGGCCAAAGUAUUACCUAUGAAUGAAUAACAAGAGAAUCUUCUGGAAAGAAAGCUAGAUAUAUUUAUGUUUUUGUUUUUAAAUCACGUACACAGACCAUAAGUCCAUUUAGGAAUGAGGCAGUACAGAUGAAUGCAUAAAUAAUGAGCUUAACCAUUAGUGGUUAAGGAUAUAAUGGACCUAAGCACUACACAUAGUGUCAAAAAUGUGCAGACUGCUUAAAAUAUUUGCUUAUAUUUUUCUCUAAGAGGAUGUCACCUGAGUCCUCACACAUAGUAUAGAAUGGUUCCAGUUGUUACUCCAACUAUCUUCGUGAAGUCAUUUGUCCUGUCAUUUCCUAGGACAGUAUAAAUCAGAGGUACUGACAACUUUAAUAACUAUAUCUCAUGCAUUUUGACUGAUUUGAUCAUAUACUAAUGAGAGUGGUUCAUGACAUUGGAUUGUUGCUGAAUGUUAAGACAAACCCAAUGCAGCCUGGGGCCGCUUACAACUUCACACUGGAAAACUGAAGCCCAGUAUCUGCAACAACAGCAGAGCCUAAAAUAAUUCUAAAUAAAAAUUUCAGAUUAUUUGUGAAACUACUAGUAUAUAACCCAUCUACCAUUUCUGUUUCUGAGCAGCAAGAGCACAUUUUUCAUCGCUUUUGAUAAAUUAAUUUUGUUGACAAUAUGGUAACCAUCCAAAUGCGACAAUUUGAAUAGUAGGUAGUUUUAUUUUUUUAAC